UGCGCUGUGGUUCUAGAUUGUAAAAUUUCACUUGCAAAUCGCGUCCGCAAAGCGCAGAAAGUGCGUUUUCCGUGCCCGUCGGAAAACGCACCCUCGCUCACGGCCAACGGUGGCCGCAUUGUGUCGUUCGUGAAGGGUGUAAAAGUCGCUGCAAAUCAAGUGUUGGUGGCUCGUGAAGAACGCACUCCUCCUCUACAACCGUGAGCGUGAGCCAGCGAAAGAAAUCGAUAUACAACUUUCUAUUGAAUCGUGUCCUGCGCAUGGUGGUCCUGUUGUGUAGGCUGCUGAGCGAGCUUCUAUAUUCGCUUCUUGCAAGGGAAUAGAACUCCUGAAGCAGCAGGACCCCUCGCAACAACCAUCGCACAGCACCACGAAAGUCAGUGGGAAUGCGAAGUGACCACCAACAAACGGUGGGCGAGUGAAAAAUACGCCAGAAAAAAAAUCGGUACAAGUGAAUAAGUGAAAAGAAAAAAAGCAGUACCGCCUACUACGAUAGUGAGUGUGUGUGGUGGUGCUGGCAGGGCAGCAAGAAUUUCUUCGCUGCUCCCGGGAGUGCCCCAGCAGCAGCAGCGGUUCGACCUAACUUCGCUCGCCACGGCCGCCCACAGUGCAUGGAUAUUACUGGUGGCCCUUCCCCACUGAUAAACGGUAAUUUAGAACCGAACGCGUAGAACGUCGAGCAAAUAUCUCUUGUGUGUGUGUUGUUAUCAUCAACCAGCACCAACACCACCACCAGCACCACCACCAGCAGCAACAUGAACGCAUCCGACCCGUUCGUGAUAACGUCCCGCGAGAGGCUCAAGUACGAGGACCAGUUCAAGUCGCUGCAGCCGGUCGACGGGGUGGUGACGGGCGGGCAGGCCAAAGGAUUCUUCCUCCAGAGCCAGCUGCCCCCGCAAAUACUCGGCCAGAUAUGGGCCCUUGCCGACACGGAUGCGGACGGGCGGAUGACGCUGGGUGAGUUCAGCAUCGCCUGCAAGCUGAUCAACCUGAAGCUGCGUGGAUUCGAAGUGCCGAAGGCACUGCCACCAACGCUCAUCGCAUCGCUCACAGCCGUCGGCGGAACGCCCAUCCUAACGCCCACUUCCGGCCUGAGUCCGCUCGAUCCGCUCAAGUCACUGUCCGGUUCGAUCGGGGUCGUCCCGCAGCCCCAGCCGCCCCUGAUGGCACCGCAUGCCGUUCCGCACGCGAUAGUGCCCCCACUGAUGAACAAUCAAAUGGGGGUGGCCCCGCAAACGGUUGUCCCGGGCAUGGGACCGGGUGUGCCACCGCCCAAGCCGGCUCUUCCACCGCAACUGAUCGCUGCGUCCGCCGCAGGCCCACCGCUCAUCCCGAUGGGCCAACCGUUGAUUCCGGGAAUGACGGCCCCGGUCCAGGCCGCUGUCAUGCAACAGCCACUGAUCGGGGGAUUGGUUGGGAGCGCUCCAACCAUUCCACCGACCGCUGCCGUAAAGCCACUGAUCGAUCCACUCGGAAGCGUGUCGGCGGUACCGCUAGCGGGCGGUGUAGCAGUUCCGGCACCACCGACACCGCCCCAUUCCGGCGGUGGAACACCCGCCCGUUCGAUGUCUAUCUCGGAGCGGGCCCCAUCUAUCGAAUCUCCCGGACAAAUUGAAUGGGCAAUCAAGGGUCCGGCCAAGCUCAAAUACACCCAGCUGUUCAACACGACUGAUCGCAACCGCAGCGGCUUCCUCACCGGACCGCAGGCCCGCAACAUCAUGGUGCAAACGAAGCUUCCACAGGCGAUGCUCGCCCAAAUCUGGGCCCUGGCCGACAUGGAUACCGACGGUCGGCUCGGCUGCGAAGAGUUCGUGCUCGCAAUGUACUUGUGCGAUAUGGCCGCCGCUGGCGAGAAGGUUCCGACCACGCUUCCGCCCGAGCUGGUGCCGCCGUCGUUCCGCAAGGCGACAUCGCGCCACGGUUCGGUGGUGGGCUCGCGGCACGGUUCCGUCUCCUCCCAGGGCGCACCGGUGCAUGCCGCCGUUGAGCUUGAUCCGCUAUCGGGACUACCGCAGUCCUCGUUCGAAGACAAGCGCAAGGAAAACUUUGACAAGGGUCAGGCCGAGCUGGAACGGCGACGAAAAGCGCUGAUGGAUAUUCAGAAGAAAGAACAGGAGGAACGUGAGCGCAAAGAACGCGAAGAGCAGGAAAAGAUCCGCAAAGCCAAGCUGGAGGCAGAGCUUAAGAAGCAGCAAGAGCUCGAAAAGGAACUGCAGCGCCAGCGCGAACUUGAGCAAGAGCGUGAGGAACAACGCAAGCGCGAGCUGGAGAAAAAGGAACUCGCUCGAAAGGAAAUGGAGAAGCAGCGCCAGCUGGAGUGGGAAACGCAAAAGAUCGCCGAAAUGCAGCAGCACCGGCAGCGGGAGCAGGAGAACGUGCUGAAGCUGAAGGCACAGAACCAAUCGCUGAGCGUCGAGCUGAGCACGUUCAACGAGCGCAUCAAGGAGCUGUCGCAGAAGAUCUGCGACACGCGCGUCGGCGUGACGAACGUCAAGAGCACGAUCGACGGUAUGCGCACCACGCGCGACACGCAGAUGGCCGAGAUGACGCAGCUGAAGGCGAAGGUGAAGGAGCAAAACCAGCGGCUGGUGCAGCUGAGCCAGGAGAAGGCCAAGCUGGACGCGAAGAGCAAGUCGGGCGAAACGGAAAGCCAGCUGCAGUUCACCAACAAACAGAUUGUCAUACAGCAGCUGAAGGACAAGCUAGAAAACACCAAGCAACAGAUCGAAAACAAAACGACCGACAUCAAUCUGAACCGGGACCAGCUGGUUGAGCUGAAAUCCCAACUGACCGAUCUGAUUGACGCAUGCGAGCAGCUGUACGGUGAAUACGACAUGCAGAGAAUUCAGAUCUUGGAGAUGAAAAACAACCGCAAAAACGAAUCGUACAGCAGUGCGUGGGAUACAUCCAACUCGUGGGGCGCUCCGGAUACGACCACGACGCACGCAACGCUCAAUAGCGAACCGGCAGCACCAGCCGCUAGCGUGACAGCUGGCUCGGGCGAGGAUGUGCAAACGCCACCGGGCUACGUGAAGUACCGGGCGAUCUAUGAGUUUAGUGCACGAAACAGCGACGAGAUUUCAUUCCAGCCCGGCGACAUUGUGAUGGUACCGCUGGAACAGAAUGCCGAGCCGGGCUGGCUGGCGGGUGAAAUAAACGGUCACACUGGCUGGUUCCCGGAAUCGUUCGUCGAAAAGGUGGACAGCAACCUGAACGUGGUCGAAGCGAUCCCAGAAACGAUAGCGUACAGUGAGCCGGAAGUUGAUUACACGACCACCACUACUACCACCACCACCAUCGCCGCAUCCGCCGCCGCCGCCGCACCAGUCGAAGAAGAGUAUCACGCACCAAACGAUAAUACAGAGGCUACCUGUAACGGGGAUGUGGAAUAUUAUGUCGCCUGCUAUGCCUACCAGUCGGCGGAGGCAGGCGAUCUUGUGUUUGACGCAGGGGAAACGAUCGCCGUUUCGAAGAAGGAAGGCGACUGGUGGACUGGCACCAUCGGCAACCGGACUGGCAUUUUUCCUUCGAACUAUGUGCAGAAACACGAGGGCGAGGUUAUGAACGGCAAUCAAGCGACAUAUAACGAGCAGCCGGCCAUGCACCAGGAACCGGAACAGCAGCAGCAGCAGCAGCAGACGCAAGCGUACGAGCAGGAAACCAAACGAAAGCAAUCGGCCACUGCCGCCGCCGCCGCCGGCAAUACUCAGGACGCGGAGGAUGCACGCAACCAGGCCGAAGCGGACUCGGAAGUGUCCCAGAUCAAUACUCAACCACCUUCCGGGGCGUCCGCGAACGAGGAAAACAUUCGCUACUCCUCCAUGUCGAUGACGUCGGCCACGCCCAGCCUGCGGCGCAAGGGCGAGGUGGCACAGGUGAUUGCACCGUACGAGGCGACCAGCUCCGAGCAGCUUUCGCUGCAGCGCGGCCAGCUAAUAAUGAUUAGAAAAAAGACCGACUCUGGCUGGUGGGAGGGUGAAUUGCAGGCAAAGGGCAGACGCCGCCAGAUUGGUUGGUUCCCGGCGACGUACGUGAAGAUACUGCAAGGUGGACGAAACAGCGGCCGCAACACGCCCGUAUCGGCCAGCAAGGUUGAGCUGACGGAAACGAUUCUCGAUAAAGUCAUCGCACUGUACCCGUACAAAGCACUGAACGACGACGAACUGUCCUUCGAGAAGGACGAUAUCAUUAGCGUGCUCGGCCGGGAUGAGCCGGAAUGGUGGCGCGGCGAGCUGAACGGCACCACCGGUCUGUUUCCGAGCAAUUACGUCGGCCCGUUCGUGUCGUCCGGUAACGUAUAACGGGCAGUAGGGCUUUCUGCUACCGUAACCAAAGCCCAAAAUGACACGUUAAAUCGGGACGGCAGUGGUUUCGCACAGUUCAGCACCACCAACGCUAGCAACCCGCAUCAGGCGAACUAUGGUCCCAGCAGCAGCACCAACGACGACGACAGACACGCUGUGGAACGUGCUGAGGACGAUCUACACAACAACAACAACAAUAAGCGAUACCACAACAAUAAAAUCAAUAACUAUAACACUAAUUAUAAUAACGCUAACUGUAACGACAACACUAUCAUUAACGAUAACGAUAUUAUGCAUCAGUGCAACAAUAAUAAUAAUAAUCAGCUAAUCAUGCGAGCAUUUCAGCGGCAGGCGCAGUAGCACCACCACCACCCUUAGUGAAAGACAAAGCCCUCUUCCCCUCCUCCCUCUUCACUGUUAUAGGUGUAUAAUGUUAAUGUAGAAUUCAGUCAGAAAAGAACGAAGGAAAGGAAGGGUUGAUUUAAAUUGAAUAGAACGCGCGCAUAGCGAAGGAGCGAACCACGCAUAGUAGUAUUCUAUUUACACAGACACAGAAACACACACAUAUACAAUCAUCGAACACAAACACAUACAUACAUAAAACUUUCCCUCGGCUCUCUUUUAUCUGUUUCAUCCUGUCUCUCUCUCUUUCACUUCCUGUCUAGAGAGGGAUUAGAUUGCAAAAAAAUGCAAAAAAUGGCUAUGCAAACUCCGUUGAGGGAUGUUGUAGUAGCAGUAGCAGACCGCAGCAAGAAUGAAGUAUUAUUCGAUUCUGUUAAUUAUAGUAAGAUAAGUUACAACUGUUGAAGUGUUUAGCAAACCCAGAGGGCUUGGGCUUGGCUCGAUGGUUCGCUUUCUCAAACCAAUCAUAGCCGCGUUUUAGUCGUGUUUUCUUCACUCUCAUUUAAGCCAUUCAGCUCUGUUUAGUGAAUCAGAGAGCGUUCAGUGCGCGCAACUAUUCUAAAAGGGGGAUUUGGCGGGCGUUUGUGGCACCUGAGUUAUGCCGCCCUAGAGUGGUGGGAAGUGGCUAGUGUGUUUAGUGUCAUACAAAACCAGGGUCGAGACAUUGACGACGAUUUGUAGAUAUUAACGAGCGUAGAUAUUUAGCUGUUGUCCCUCUCUCUCUCUCUAUCUCUCUCGCUCUUACGCGCACCGUAUCUUUAAAGCAAUGUGACUCCGGUGAACUUACAAUCACAGCAGCCGUGUGUAACGUGUUAAAGCGUUUAGUGAAUCUAUAAAAACCUACUGCAAUUGUGUUUGUUCCGUUAGUGGCUGUAGACGGGGCAAACACGCGAAAAACUGAUAAACAUUCCUAGAAGUGAAUUUAGUGAUCUGUAGCACCGCCCACCUGUACGUGGCUCUUCUUCUACGCAUAAACGGUAGGAACGGUCUUAUCUUGUUGGCUUGUUGCAUUUAACACAAACAGAAACAGAGUGCUAGAGGGUGGGGAGGGAAACAAAGCAACCACAGCAGCUUUGCUUCGUUUUGCGCUCAUUUUGCGCAUUGCAUCUUUGAGCAAAUCAGUCAGUAUCUGUUGCAAUGCGCAUACAAAUAAUGUUGUUAUUGUAGGGUAAUUGUUUUUAUGUACGUUUAAGGUUGAUUUUUAAAUGGAGCAGCUCUACUCAGUUCUUUUAGGUAAAAACAAAUGGGAAGAAAUCGUUUUGCAACUAUGUAUUAUGCUUGUGUUGCUGGAAGCAAACAGAAAAGCUAGGAUUAGCAAACAAACCUCCUUUCCCAUUGGUAGUACGAUGUGUGUGUGAUGUAUGUAAUUUUGUGUAAAAAUUAUUUUAAAAAAAUAUAGACACACACACACAGCACGUUAAGGAUGCUCCGCGCAAAGCCACAAAGACGAUUGUCGUAUUGUCAGUGGGCCUGAUUGCGUGCGUUCGUCAAUUGUUUACCGUUUUUUGUUCGCUAAAAAAAGAAACGUUAUCCUCUCAGCGUGUCCAACGAUAAAUACUAGAGAAAAAAACCCGAUUAUUGUAAGUGUAUAUUAUUAAUUAAAUCGUAUUUAUGCCCUCGUUAUUUAUUGCGAACGUUUGAUUCGUGUUCGUCCAAAAACUGGAUAAUCAAUUACAAAAAAAAACGCAAAAGCAAGCAACUUUACUCUCUCUAUCUCUCUCGUUAAGCUCGUUAAAAACAACCCAAUACACACAGGAAAAAAACACACAAAGCAAGAAACAAAACUCGUUAUCCAAAUUUGCUAGUAUGAUGCUACUGAAGCAAACCUAUAUAUAUGAAUAUAUAUACCUACACAUAUGCAAAUAUAUACAUAUAUUUAGACCUUACACGAAAACCUCUAGAAAUCCCCCGCCCUUCCCGAUCAUCUCUCUAGUAUGUAUAUCCCUAAAGCAAAAAAGCGAUGGUUCGCGGGAUUCAAACAGUACCAGGGGGAACGAUAAUAAAUGGGGUUCUUGCUUCAAACCGAAGUGUGUUAUCUAUUUAUGCUGUAUUGCAAAAACAAACAGAGGGCGUUACAUGAAUUUAGUAGUGCGGGUAGUGUUCGCGCGGAACCACGGUUGCUGAACGCGCGUGUAUUCUAUCCAUCUCACUGCUCUCUAACCUCCCAUAUCCUAGUAUCGAUUCGGCAAUGCAAAGUUCAAGCUGAUAGAGUGUUUAGGUUGUAGCUUCUGUUGUUCCCCAAUUGCCAGGCCGGCCGCCUUCCUUGUACGAUCGUACCGUACCGUAUUUGCUGUACCAUACAGCAUAAUAAUCACGAGCAAGCACACACACACACACACAUAGACAGACACAUACAUUCACUCAUAAGAUAUGCGUAAAACUCAUGUGGGAGAGAAAAGAAAAUGCAUACAUAAGUGUUAAGUAUCAGCAAACUAGUGCAGUGGAAACCGCAACGAGUGUUGCAAAAGUUCCAACAUUUCCCAAAUAAUUGUACAACACUUUGUGUGAGUUCCUUUUUCUGCAGCAUAUUCUCACUGGCUAAAAAUCUGCAAAAACGUUCCGCGAUCCCAACUGUGUGUUGUGUGUAAAUGUAAACGGACAAUUGGGGAUAAACCCCCCAAAAGCUAUAAGUUAAACACGGAAGACACACACACUACAGCAAGGCAAAAUCUAAUAAAGUUGAGAAUAAACAUGAGAAUAGUAGUUCCAAAUGAAAUAGAGAAACAAAGAAAGCAAACAAAAAUACAAAUCGAAAGAAAUAAUUUGUCAAUUUGAUUGUUCAACUCUUUUGUUGCUCUUUGAUGGUUGUACGAUUUUAAUUUUAGAUUAUUUCAAACAAAGGUUUUUGUUCUUUUAUUUAUGCUCUACUAUAUUUGCUUUAUUGCGCCACAUAAAACGAGGGUUCUAGAAUGAUUCCUUAGAUGACAUUAUAAGCCAGCACUUGCAGCAAGAUAACAAAUCUGCUACAAACUGUUCCACCCCUCUGUAGCGGAGUGGAUGUUGUAUAAACCCCCCUUUUACGUACACAGCAACAGCAAAAAAAGGAAAACAAAGCUGCUAGCGUAAGCACGAAAGAUGCAACACGAAAGACUAAAACAAAACGUACAGCAAAAACCCACAGCUUCUGAACUAUAUACCACUGCAAAUGGACAAUUAUUAAGCUCAACCACAACAAUAUUACAAAAAAAAAAACAAACAAACAAAAUAAAUGUAGAAACUAUAAUGAAGACACAUAAACGAAUGAACACAAACUUAUGAA